UGAAAGUUAAAUUCUUUCUUGGGAAACUACCUCGACACAGUUUUUGUUCCUGCUUCACAGAUCCACACCAACAGACAAAAUGGCGUCCAACUUCAGCCUCUUAUCUGAGGAUCAGCUUCUGUGUCCGAUCUGCCUGGACACGUUCAAUAAACCAUGCUCCACACCAUGUGGACACAACUUCUGCCUAUCCUGUCUCUCAUCCUACUGGAACAACGAACGUGUCUAUCGGUGCCCGGUCUGUAAGGAGACGUUCGAGAGGAGACCCGAUCUCAAGGUCAACACCUUCAUCUCAGGGCUUGCAUCGCAGUUCAGGUUGCUUCAAGUCACAAAUGCUCACACCUGGAGCCCGGGCCCAUUGAAGGAUAGCGCAGAAUGUGCUGUGCUGUGCGAUGUUUGUACUGACGCCCAGCAACAGGCUGUCAAAUCCUGCUUUGAGUGUCUGACUUCAUACUGCAGCGUUCAUCUGGAGCCUCAUCAAAGAGCUGCCGGACUGAAGCGACACACACUGGUCAACCCUCUGGCGAACCUGCAGGACAGGAUCUGCAAGGAGCAUAACCACAUUCUUACUUUGUUUUGUUUAAGCGAUAAAGUGUUGCUGUGUGACAUCUGCGUCCGUUCUCAGCACAUGAACCAUGAUGUUGUUCCUGUGCAGCAAGCAUACGGAAAGAUGAGGGAUCUGCUGGGAGACACAGAGGCCAGAGUGCAGCAGAUGAUCCAGGAAAGGCAACAGAAGCUGGAAGCAAUGAAGGAGUCGGUGAAAGAAAGCAGGAGAGAAACCAGUGAUGUGAUAGCUGAGAGCGUGCGGGAGUUAACAGCGCUGGUGUCUGAGGUUCAGAGGAGCCAGAUGGAGCUCGUGAAAGUGAUGGAGGAGAAGCAGAAAGCAGCAGAAGAACAAGCGGCUGUUUUUAUUGUCGUUUUGGAGCAGGAGGUCACUGAGCUGCAGAGGACGAAGAUGAAGCUGAUGGACAUAAAACAGACUGAAGACCAGCUCAGUUUCCUCCACACCUUCCCAGACCCAUCCGUCCUCCUACCACACAUUACGGACCUGUCCUCGUUCAGCUUCAACAGACACGCGGAGAUACGGCACGUGCAGAAAUGUCUGAGCAGCUCCGUGUCUCAACUGCAAACGUUGCUGAAGAAAAUGACGACGGAAAUCACAACGCUCUCUGCGUCGAACGAUGUCACACUGAGGAACCUGCAGCAGUAUGAAGUGAACGUUCUGCUCGACCCUGACACAGCUCACUGUCGGCUUGUUUUGUCCGACGAUGGCAAACAGGUGAGAUGCACCGAGGGCUCUGGUCGUAAGGACAUAAAGAGGCCAAACGCGUUCAAGAAGAAUUUCGCAGUUCUGGGACAAAGAGGUCUUUUGUCUCAAAGGUUUUACUUCGAGGUGCUUGUGAGUCAGAAGACCGAGUGGAGAGGGGAACUCACUCGGGGUCCUGACUGCGGACUGUGGGCCAUCUGGUUUCUGGAAAAAAGGUUUGAAGCCUUCAGUUCUCCAGGUGUGGCGGUAUACCGGGGGAAAGUAGAGAGGGUCGGCGUGUUCGUGGAUUACGACAAAGGUCAAAUAUCGUUCUAUGACGUGCAGACCGCAACACUUAUCUACUCAUUUAGUGACUGUCUCUUCACCGAGGAGCUUUAUCCAUAUUUAAACCCCUGUGAUAAUGAAUGUGGUUCAAACUUGAAUCCGAUGGUCAUCGUCCCUGUCACUCGUACGGAGGCUUCACUGACACCACAAUUUGCGGGUUAAAUUUUCAAAAGAUUUCAAAAGCACUUUGUAUGAAAUUAAGACAUUUUGUCUGGUCAAGCAUUGAUGGAGAUGAACCAUCUUUAAAUUUCUGUUUGUGCUUGGUUUGGAUCCUGAAAUCUUUUACAUUUUCUUAUUGUGUGUGUGUGUGUGUGUGUGUGUGUGUGUGUGUGUGUGUGGGUGUGUGUGUGUGUGUGUGUACAAUGCUUUGCGUUUCCUGAGUUAUAUUUUUGCAUUUUGAAGGGGGGACCUUUACUGAUUUUUCUUUCAUUUUGUGGACAUUUUCCAUGGCCUGAGCCAGCUGCCUAAGGAGUUUUUUUUCUCUUGUUGGAUUUACCUUAUGGACAUUUAAGUGGACAUUUAUUAUUUUCUGUGACCUUAAGUUUGGGGGAGUGUUCUUAAUAAAUUGGUGUGUUGGCAUACAUUUGAGUUUCUGUUUAUUAUUUUGCAGUUAUCUGGGUUUAAAGUCCCCUGACACCAACAUUUUCUCACUUAACCAGGCCUUGAUAAAUAGUGUCACAAUAGCUCCUGAAUCGUUAUAGUAACUAGACUUAAAACUUAAACAGAUUUUUACAAUUUUGUUUUCAUGAUAUUACACAACAUGAAAAUCUUUCUGUUGUUGUCUGUGAUGUGUUUUAAGCUUUAUAGCUGCGUAAUGGUGAUAAAACUUUUAUAUCGGCUUGAUGAAAUUUUAAUAAAGUAAAAGAGCAUUAUGUAACUAAGCCGGGCAACAUUUUCAAUGUAUCAUUUCAGGGCCUCCUGAAACAAGCAUUUCAAUUUUUUUGUUUUGAUUUCAGUUUCAAAUCAGCACGUCUGAUUUUCAUCACCUUUAAAUUUCUCCUCCCUCA